AUGGAGGGGCAAACCAAUACAAUCUUCGUCCGUAACCUAGCGGUCCAGGCCAAUGAGCAGAACCUCCGAGACCUCUUCUCGCGGCUGGACAGGGUCAUCAACGUCCAGAUAAUGACCUUCCCUGGCACCAGCUUGAGAUAUGCCCGUGUGGACUUCGGCACUUCCAACGGUGUAACAGCUGCCCAUUCCCUCAAUGGGCAGCCUUUCCAUGGAGUCCCCCUAACAGUGUCAGUGACUGACCCUGUAGCGGCUAAUGCCUCUGCCACUGCCGCGGCUCCCUUGCCUAACCUUGGUGUCCCAGCGGCUCAACAGCUGACCGCUUCAGUUACUAGUAUCCGCCCACAACCAGGCGUUGGAGUCACGACUGUUGGUGGAGGGGUGAGGGACUCAGGCGAGGAGAUGAUCUUGAAGAGGACGGUGUACGUAUCGGGACUGGCGAACCAAGUUACAUUAGAGGAAGUACAGGGAAUGUUCGGCCAUUUUGGGGAGAUCAAGGAAUCUUCCAUAGACGUGUCACCCUAUGACCAAUGCCAGUUUGCAUUGGUAGAGUUCCAGAAUGAGGCCGCGGCCCAGGAGGCGAUUCGAGUGGGCGAGAUACCAUAUCGUGGCCGAGUUGUUCGGGUGGAGAAGUCGAAGGAGACCGUGAAGCUGUACCCUCCUACUGAUGUUGUUUUCGGCAAGCCUAUGACCAUUGGCCGACAUGUUACACCAUUACUCCCCGGGAACCCUGGGUCUCAGAUAUCAGGGGCUAUGAGGACGAGGCGGGAUGAGAUCAUCGACUUGGUAGGAGAGGCGGCCAUGCAGAUUGAGGAUUGGCUAGAGUCUCGAGGCCGUCUGAAGAGGCAAGGCAUGUUCGGGAGACGUUUAGACAGAAGCAUUCGAGAGUCCAUCGUAGGGAAGAGGGGGAUGGUAGUGGAGGAGCACGGCGGUCUAGGGAUCAAGGGCACCGGAGUAGGUCGAGGGAUGAUCGAGGAUCUAGAGGAGAAUCGCGAGGACGAUAUGAGAGGUCGGAGUCGCGACGUUAUAGAGACUCGAGGGGCUCGGGAGAGUAUCCACCACAGCCAGCGGCGGCCAGCAAUGAUGAGGCCGAGUAUUGGAGGGAAAUGGGGGGCAAGGGAGGAGGAAGUUAUGGUCGAGGGUACUAGAGAUGCGGGCUGCUAUCGUCGUUACCAUAAUACUGCUAAAUUGUCUUAUGAUGAUGGGGUUGGCGUGUUCGUUUUUGAGGAGGGGGAACUGUUGUCAAGUGUUGUGGGUUUGAACUAA